UCAGAUUUUCUUUCAUUUUCAAAAAACAUCAACAUAAAAUCUUUUUAAUUACAUUUAUAAUGUACAACGUGGACUGCAUUGCCAUUAAGGACAUCAAGCCAGGUCUGAAGAACAUCAAUGUCAUCUUCAUUGUGCUGGAGGUGGGCGUGGCCACGGUGACGAAGGAAAAUCGCGAGGUGCGAAACUUCAAAGUCGGCGACCAUACGGCCUGCAUAAAUGUCUCGAUUUGGGACGAGCCGGGAAAGCUCAUACAACCCGGCGACAUUAUAAGACUAACGAAAGGCUACGCCUCCAUUUGGAGGCACUGCCUGACUUUGUAUUCCGGCAAGAACGGAGAGGUCUUCAAGAUCGGAGAAUUCUGCAUGAUCUUCAAUGAGGGCCUUAACAUGAGCGAGCCAAAGAGACCGGAACAGCAGGCGGUGGCCAAUACAGGCGGACCAGUUGCAGUUGGACUGCCAGCAGGUGGUGGAGCACCUGUAGCUGCUGCCGCAUCUGGAGUACCCACUCCCCAGAGUCCAGCAACAACUGCACCAGUGGGUGCACCUCCCAAUACGCCACAGGCGGCAGGAAAGCAGGGCACACGCGGCGGAAGAGGAGGCGGAGGACGUGGCGGCCUCAAGGGCGACCGGCGAUAAACAUUGAGGGGAUUAUCAUAGGUUUAAAGGGAAUCUAGGCGUGGGAAUAUUAAUAACUUGGUUCAAAUAUUAAAGGCUAAGUUUACGUGUUUUUAUUUUUGAAUUUAUUUAUGUUUAAAACCUUUUUAAAAAUUAUUUUCUGUGCGAAAAGCUGGAGGAUUUCCAGAAUUGUUGAGUCCCGAGGGUUUCAAGCUGUCAAUAUUUCAUCUUUAUAAUUUUUACAGAACAUGAAAUAGAUAAUACAAUGUUCGCAGUUUAUUCGUUGUAUUACGACCCUUAUAAAUUGUGAAUUAUAAAAUUACUUAUAAAAUGUAUUAUGUAAGUAAUAUUCCAAACUCAACAUUUAUGUAUGGUUUCGUAAAUUUGUAAAAUAUUUAAGAUAAUUUUUAGAUAACAGGUUCCAAGCAUUCUGCAGGGAUUUUCUUAAGUUCAACAAAAUUCUAUAUUUUUCUAAGAAUAAAACUAUGUACAUAAAUAAUUAAA